CUAAAAACGAAAGUAAAAUUUUUAUGAAUCCUAGAAACAAAAAAGUCGACACGCCCAAACCUUUAGUAAAGAAAAGGCUGGUACCUCUUUUUGAUCAUGUUCCAUCUAUCAAAAUCGAGCUUCGCAUCAAUGAUUCUCAAGGUGAGAGUAUGCAACCAACAACCAUAAUUUCAGAUGAUAAAGAAAGUUACAACCGUUUGCAAAAAGAAAUUACUUCAUUGAAUGAAGAAACUAAAAAG